CCAAUACACCUGAAUAUCCUAUUAUUCUUUUAGCAGGAUUUCAAAGUGGUAUUAUAUUGACAACGCUCAACCCUUUAUAUACAUCAGAGGAGAUUUCAAGGCAACUCAUAGACGCCGAUGCUAAAGCAAUAUUUACAUGGAAUUCAAUGUUUCAAGUUGCUAGCGAUGCUACUAAAUUAUCAAAGAAAAAUAUUCCUAUUAUAACGAUUAAGACACAGGUUUCAGAAUCAACAGAAAGAGGUAGCAUAAAUUUCACAGAACUAACAGAUAUUAAAUAUGAUAACGAUGAUUUCAUUUUUCCAAAAAUUGACGAUAUUGCGGUGAUGCCUUAUUCUAGUGGAACAACAGGUCUGCCUAAAGGAGUAGAAUUAACUCACAGAAAUUUAGUUUCGAAUAUUACGCAAAUAUCAAAUUUCAAUUUACAUAUCCCCACUACAGAAACAUAUCAAGAAGCUAUCCCAGCGGUUUUACCUAUGUUUCAUAUUUAUGGUCACACCAAUCUAACACUAUACCCAUUGCAUUUUGGCAUGAAAAUAGUAACUCUUCCAAAGUUUACUCCGGAAUUAUUUACUUCAGUUUUGGAAGAACACAAUCCAGGCCUUUUGUUCAUCGUACCUCCAAUAGUAAAUUUCAUGAACACCACUAAUAUGAUAAAGAAAGAGUGCUAUAAAUCAUUGCGGAGUGUAUUUUGUGGAGCAGCUCCCCUAGGCCCUUUAGACGAAGCCAAAUUCGUAGAAAAGGCAGGAAAAGAUGUAAAUAUGUUGCAAGGGUAUGGAUUAACGGAAACAUCACCCGUUGUAAGUACUUUAUCGAUUGAAAGGAAAAAAGAAUUCAAUGUGAUGGGAUCUGUGGGUGACCCUGUCCCUAAUACCUUGGUUAAAAUCGUAUCACCCGAUGAUCCCACCGGUAAACUUCUUAAACCAAAGGAAAAAGGAGAAUUAUUAGUAAAAGGACCUCAGGUAAUGAAGGGCUAUCACAAUAAGCCGGAAGAAACAGCCAAUAUGGUAGAUGAUGGCUGGCUUCGAACAGGUGACUUAGCUUACUAUGACGAAAACAAUUUUAUUUUUGUAACUGACCGGAUGAAAGAACUCAUUAAGGUAAAAGGUUUCCAAGUUGCGCCGGCGGAAUUAGAGGAACUAAUUCGAGACCAUCCUCAAGUCGAAGACGCUGCAGUCAUAGGAAUUCCCCAUGAAAACUACGGUGAAGUACCGAGAGCAUAUGUGAUUCCGAAGAAAGGCGCUAAAAUUGAUGCUGAAAAGCUAAACGAAUAUUUGACUCCUAAAGUAACUAGUUACAAAUUGUUACGAGGCGGAGUGUCAGUUGUCGACAGCAUUCCUAAAAAUGCUGCCGGAAAGAUUUUAAGAAGAAAUCUAAAGAAAUUAUAUGAAGAACUAAAAAUAUAACUUAAGGCGGGAACUAGGAAUAUAAGGUCUAAUCGUUUUUAUGAAUAUGUACAAAACAUUUCUUAAUAUUAUUUACAAGUCUGAUCAUUUUUAUCUAUUUUUUAAGAGGAGGUUGUAUUAUAACAAUGGUGCUAUAAAAUUUUAGGUAAUAGAUAAGCUACUUAAUUACA